AAGAUUCAAUAAUUACAUCUAAACCACAAACUAAGGUGUGCAAAUAAUAAACUUUGCGUAAUGCGUCAAGUCCACAGGUUUGUCCUAUGGUAAAUCAUAUUUGCAUACAUGUUUGCAUAUUACAUUUUUCAAUCACGUAGUGCCGAAUUAACAGACCACAAAGUAGAAGGAGUUUAACAGAAGUGCAUGUAAAUAAAAGCUCGGUGGGCAGGAACGACGCGCUGCAUGAUCAUAGAUGGCAUAUUUAUUUAGUAUGGAUACCAAAGCAACUUUUUUUUUAAUACUGGGCGUGGAUGAGGACUACAGACUGGGGGACUGUCUCGUUUUAUAAAAACCAUGAAGGUCUGCAGAUGUGCCGUGUAAAAACUUGCCUCUCCAUCAUCACUCUACUUCCGCAUCAAACAUGCGUUUAACACUCAACAUGUCCUGCUGAGCACAACAACACUGAAGUAAAUGCUAUUUGCAUCGGUUUGCAUGUUUUCAACAUUAACCUCACAGAAACAUCUGCCUGGGACGCAGCAGCAGACUGCAGAGAUAUCUUAUGGAGGGGAAACUGGACAUGGAUGAGGUUUCUCCAUCCCAUCAUCAGCGGGGCUUGUGGAAAUCCUUCCACGGCAGACCCAAACUCACUGGCAGCCCCAAACUGGGCAAAAAAGACCGAAAGCAAGAAAGCGGGUUUUGGAUAUUUAAAAAGAAACGACCAAAUGGUUUGGACCGAGCGGUGUCUUCGUCUCAACCCAAUCUGCACAGCGCGGAAGCCGCUCCGGAUGGUGGUGAGAGCGGGAGGACGCGCCGCGGCUUGCCCGAGCUGAGUGUGGGUACGGCGGCCGUAGCGGCGGCGUCGCUCGGUGCGGAGAUCCAGAUGCUGAAAAAACCGGUCAGCUCCAAACCGACGCUCUCCCAGUUGGUGCAGUCUCAACAUAAACCUGCUCUGCAAGGGUCCACAUGCACUGAUGAUGCUGUGAUGAAUGGUGAAGCGGAAGAGAUCAAUAAAAGUGUGGGCAUUAAUGCAGCUGGUAAUGGUGGAACACAGCCUUCACUGCCCACUUCAGCAAUGUACCAGUUAGACAUCGUGCUGAAAAAAGGAAACAACCUUGCCAUUCGAGACCGAGGCGGAACAAGUGACCCAUAUGUGAAGUUCAAAAUAGCCGGCAAAGAAGUUUUCCGCAGUAAAAUCAUCCACAAGAACCUUAACCCAGUUUGGGACGAGCGUGUUUGUCUGAUAGUGGACAAUUUACAAGAGCCUCUGUAUAUUAAGGUGUUCGACUAUGAUUUUGGCCUUCAAGAUGAUUUUAUGGGAUCAGCUUACCUGUACCUUGAUUCUCUGGAACUGCAGAGGCCUCUUGAUGUUCGGUUAGACCUUCAAGAUCCUCACUGCCCUGAUCAGGACCUGGGCUCUCUGGAGCUGGCGGUCACUCUGUUCCCAAGAAGUACAGAGGACAGAGAGACCCUCCGACAGGCGACCAUGCUACUGAGGAGAAGCUGGAAGCGAUGCAGUAAGCAGCAGCAGAAUCUCCGGCUGUCGGACCUGCACAGAAAGUCUCAGCUGUGGAGGGGCAUCGUGAGCGUCAGACUCAUCGAGGGUCGUAACCUCAUCCCCAUGGACCAGAAUGGCCUGAGUGACCCUUACGUCAAGUUCAAACUAGGCCCUCAGAAGUACAAGAGUAAGACAAUUCCCAAGACCCUCAACCCUCAGUGGAGGGAGCAGUUCGAUUUGCAUCUGUAUGACGAGGAGGGAGGCAUUCUGGAGAUCUCCGUUUGGGAUAAAGACAUUGGAAGGAGAGACGACUUCAUCGGCCAGUGUCAGCUGGACCUGUCCAAGUUGAGCAGAGAGAAGACACAUAAGCUGGAAAUUGAGCUGGAGGAGGAUAAAGGGUCGCUGGUACUUCUGGUGACUCUGACCGCCACAGUCGCGGUCUCCAUCUCUGACCUGUCUGUCAACCUGCUGGACGACCCACAUGAACGCCAGCAGAUCAUUAAGAGAUAUAGUCCACUAAGGUCGUUCUUUAACCUGAAGGAUGUCGGAGUCGUGCAGGUGAAGAUCCUACGGGCCGAGGGGCUGAUGGCUGCUGAUGUCACAGGAAAGAGCGACCCGUUCUGCAUUGCGGAGUUGUGUAACGACCGUCUGCAAACACACACGGUCUACAAGACGCUGAACCCCGAGUGGAAUAAAGUCUUCACCUUUAACGUGAAAGACAUUCACUCGGUGCUGGAGAUCACCGUGUACGACGAGGACAGAGACCGCAGCGCUGACUUCCUGGGUAAAGUGGCCAUCCCGUUAUUAAACAUCCGCAACAGCGAACAGAAGGCCUACGUCUUAAAAAACAAGGAGCUGACAGGGCCAACAAAGGGGGUCAUCUUUCUCGAAGCAGACGUCAUCUUCAACGCCGUGAAAGCCAGUUUGCGGACGUUCGUUCCACCAGAACAGAAGUACAUCGAAGAGGAGGCCAAAGUCUCUAAACAGAUGCUGCAGCAGAAUUUUAACCGAGUGAAGCGCUGCGUCCUCUUCCUCAUUAACGUGGGCUCCUACAUCAACAGCUGUUUUCAAUGGGAGUCCCCCCGCAGGAGUUUGUGCGCUUUCUUGAUCUUUGUGGUGGUGGUUUGGAAUUUCGAGAUCCACAUGGUUCCAUUGUCCUUGCUGCUGCUGCUGACCUGGAACUACUUCCUGCUGGCCUCGGGGAAGGAGUCGCGCGAGGGGAGCGUGCAAGCAAUAGAAGACCUUCUUGAGGAUGUGGAUGAAGACUUUGACAAAGAUGACAAGGACUCAGAGAAAAAGGGCUUCCUGGACAAAUUCUACGCGGUUCAAGAUGUGAUCAUAACGGUUCAAAGCGCUCUGGAUGAAGUGGCCUGCUUUGGGGAACGAGUGAAGAACACGUUUAACUGGUCUGUGCCUUUUCUGAGCUGCUUAGCCGUAACGGUGCUAUGUGCCGGUGCCACGCUGAUAUACUAUAUCCCACUACGAUACAUUGUGCUGGUCUGGGGUAUCAAUAAAUUCACCAAAAAACUACGAGACCCCUACAUCAUUGAGAACAACGAGCUGCUGGACUUCCUGUCUAGAGUUCCAUCAGAUGUCCAGUUGGUUCAAUACAAAGAUCUCAAACCGGAGACUUCUCAGAGUCCCAGCAAGAAGAGGAGGAACAACCCCGGAUAGAUCUUGAAGUGUGACAUAUUACGUUUCUAAAUCAACGGCCUCCAAAGCACUGUUCACGUACAAAACACUGUGAAUGCUGAAAAGACUUUAAAAAGGAGAUUGUUUUAAAAAGAAAGAAAUAUUUCGAGCAUUAUUUAUGCAAACUUGCACAACUAUAAUAGCACAAAACUCAAGCGUUCAUAAGAUGUGCUUUUAAUUAUUUAUAUUCCCAUUUUUAUUCUGAGAUUUAUGUGGAGAAAAAUGCUGCAAACCGGAUUCAAACUUGUGUCGCCCACCUGAGCACCAUAGCUCAAAAAACAUGUGCCUAACACUUGGUCACAGUUGAAACUAUAUAACGUGGUUUCUGGUGCAAAAAUAUCAGCCUGAAAAUGUUUAGCUUUUGUAAACAUCUGCACAGUUGAAUGCAUUAAAUGCAGCUGGUCUGACCACAGCAGUUUCCCCCAAACCUUUACAGUGAACUUUGCACCUUUGAGGUCACUCUUCAAAUAAUUUUCUUUGGAUAAUUAUUUUUAUCCACAAGCACAUAUCAUAUGGAGAAACUGCAUGCUGUGCAUCUAGAUGGAAAGAAUGUAUGUGUGCGUGCAUAUAAAAAAAGUGACUGUAAAUAUACAAUGUGGAAAAUUUUUUGUGUUGAUCUGGACAUGUUUACCCAUGACGGAUGCCAUAUGCUAUGAUCAAAUGGUGUUUAAUUGUAAUAUUUGUACAUUGUGUUGCUUGUUAAUGAUUUGUCAAUGGUCUAUGAGCAUGCAACUGUUAAGCAGAUAUACUCAAGGACAUAAAUUGUUAGUUGGAAGAAUUUAUCAAAUUUCCAAUUCAAAGAAGGAAAAAAAAGGCAUGUUUUUAUACAGCGCUGAAACCAACCAAUGAAAACCUCUUUCUGUGAUCUUUUAGUUAUUUAUUUUCCAAAACUAUGAAAUAGUAGCCUUUUUUUCUUUCUUUCUUUUUGUAUUUAUUAGUGUUAAAAGAUGAAAUCACAUUUGCAAUCCAUUUUACUUCUGCACUGUACUUGUAAUUUACAAAAUGCAAUGUAGGGCAGGACUUGAUUGGAUUUCUUUAUGACUAUUUUAUAUUUGGCAUAAUGUGCACCAGUGAAUCAUUCACAAUAAGACGAGAAAAAAGGGUCACUUUUGAUUUCAUGAUGACUAGAACCACACCCCACAGAAAGAAAGAAAUUCAUUCAUUAAAAACAAAUUAAUACAUGCAAUUAAACACGGUGCCACGGGGUUUUAAGUGCAUAUGGCAUUGCAUAAUCCAGUAUUUCCUCCUUGUGUAAAAUGUAGAUUGUUAAUCAUUUGUCCAAGAGCAUCCAAUUAACUAAUCCAGAUUAGAGCUCCAGUAUGUGUGAAGUGAUGCAUUUCUCGGGACGGAGGAGGGACAGUAACAGAUAAUGAAUGAGUCAUCAGGUGCAGUUUUGUGUCUACAUUAACACGUUCAUAUGGGCAACUGGAAGGUCCAUCUCCCAGUUACAAAUGAAAGGUUUAUAAUUAGUUUCUUUAAUCUCUGCCUUAUUAAAUAAAUGCUUCUUUGGGAAUCAGGACAGACUAAUUGAGCUAUGAAGGGCAUCUUUUUAAAGUAGCAAAAGAGCAGUCUCUCCCAUGGCCUGGGCUUUUAAAAGAGAUUAAUGAGAAUUUAAAACGGUCUUGGGUUUCCCUUCUCACUUCAAUAAAGACCGAUGUAAUGCUCCACAGUGCUCCCAUUGAUGGUUUAAGAUGGUUGAGUAAACAUAUAUACUAUAGCUGUACAAUGACUGAACAAAAGAACAAAUGUCUGUUUUAAUCUACAGUCGAAGCUAUGAUUGCCCUAAAAUUGGAGAAGUUGCAAUUGCUCGAUUUCAAGUUCGACAACAGAUCAACAUUUAAAGACUCGACUGCUAUGUAAGUUUUUGCAUUUUCAGGGAUCU